AUGAAUAUUUUUGUAUUUUCAGUAUUUUUAUGUUUUACCGUGCACGGUUUUCUUACGCCAGGAUACAGUAGUUUCUUUGAUCCGGCGUGGAUAGAGGAGAACAAUGAAAGAGAAAGCGCAAACUCCGCGAGAAAAAAUCAAAACGCUGCAAAAAAAUGCUUAGAACCGGCAACUUGUGACGAGUGCAGAUACUUAACCGGACGGUGUGUCCGUCGAUUCAAAGGCCUCUGCAAGAAAAAAGGCUAUCAACGAGCCCAAGGAAACUGCUCGACAAGAAAGCUGCUCAAAAAGCACCGCGCAUCAAACAGAUGGCAAGGCUUCUAA